UCCUCUUGGACCCGUUUUAAUCCACUCAACCAACACUUCUUCGGAGUGAUUUACAAAUUCAAUAUCAGACUCCCCUUGCCAAGAUCAAGUCCGACACUUUGGGCAUUAUCCUGUGUCCACUUCGCAAGCUAUCCAUGUGAUUCUCAUACCACCAACGUUGAAACUGUUGAUUGUAUACUAUGAAGCUGAUAAGUUUACGUCGGCACACAUGCACGAGAAACUUUCGGGAGAAAAAUAUGCGUUCCUCGACGCGUAUUAACCUUGCCGAUCACCCAGCGUUACAGUCUUGUUUACCGAAACGCAUAUGACCCAUUGGAAGAGAAGCACAAAUGGUGUCGCUAAGUCGAUGAUUGGACUUGCGAUGUUGCGGUUACGCAAGCACUUGUACCAAGCCACCUGCACGCUCUUGACGAUCUGCAACACAGUAAUAGCUGGAUAGAUCGUACGGAUUAUACGACUCCGUUGCUAAGAUCUUAGUCCAAGUUUUAGUGCUCGCUACAACCUACAGAGUAUAUCUAGCAGGCUAAGUUCUCUCACUUUUUGUCGUUCGAAACCCCAUGAAUUUCAGCGAGCCUUUCCAUACUAUCUAAUCUCAUUCCUACACUCCCUUAAUCCUGUUUAGUACAAUUUUGAAGAUUUGUCAUUUUAUUCAAGAAAUCUAUCGCCAAUCAUGGGAGAGAGGCCACAGUUGCAGACGAGGGAUUCAUCGAAAUCCGUAGGCACUCUAGCAAACUCCAUGACCAGCCCGUUUGGUUCUAUAGAGGCCUCAUCAAGAGGACUGCUUCUCCACACGGUCAAUCACCGAACCGAUGGGAGACUUGAUAGUGCGCUUGAAGAUGUCCCAACCGCAGUUAACUCUCGACGACCUAGCUUUGAUAUCGACAUAGAAAAGAAAGGUGCUCAUGAUGGCAUCGAUAUCUAUGACCCAAAUCGACCAAAAUUAGGUUUUCGUCAACGCAUACAUCAUUUCACAUGGGCUUGGUUUACAUGGCCGAUGAGCACUGGAGGGUUAUCUCUUUUGAUCUUUGCUCAGCCUUAUCAAUUUCCUGGCCUGCGACAAAUAGGAUUUGCUGUAUACAUCAUCAACUUUGUCAUAUUCUUAACUCUCGUCAUCUGCAUGAUCACUCGGUUCUGUUUACAUCGUGAUGACCUGCGCAAUUCGGUCACUCAUCCCCGCGAAGGACUUUUUCUCCCCACGUUCUUCCUAGCUAUCGCUACAAUCAUUACAAGCACUGAGCGCUAUGUUGUGCCGGAAAACGACAGGCCUCUGCGAUGGGUUAUCCUCGUUGCGUUCUGGGGCUACUUGCUCAUUACCCUUUCCCUAGCCGUCGGACAGUACAGCCAUCUAUUCGCCAAACACAAGUACGCCUUGCCUACGAUGAUGCCGACUUGGAUUCUGCCGAUCUUCCCUAUCAUGCUCUCCGGAACUAUUGCUUCCGUGAUAGCCGAGUCGCAGCCUGAUAUCUCCGCUCUUCCCAUAAUCGUUGGAGGUUUGGGGGCUCAGGGCUUGGGCAUAUCGGUGUCUAUUAUGAUGUAUUCGCACAUGAUUGGAAGACUUAUGCAAGUUGACCUACCAAACCGAGAACACCGUCCCGGCCUCUUCAUGAACGUUGGCCCCCCAGCCUUCACGGCCCUCGCUUUCAUCGGCAUGGCAAAUGGACUACCAGACUCCCUCGACCGUAUGCAAGGCGGCACACUCGACGUCGGCGUCAUCCGCACAUUCGCCUUGAUAUCCGCCAUCUUCCUAUGGGGCCUCUCACUAUGGUGGUUCUGCAUUGCGGCUGUGGCUGUGAUCAGGUCGCCCCCUAAAUACUUCCAUCUCGGCUGGUGGGCGAUGGUCUUUCCCAACACCGGUUUCAUUCUAGCCACUAUCUCCAUUGCCAAGGAGUUCAAGAACCCGCAUGUCCUGAGGUUCACCUCGGCGAUAUCGAUAUUACUUGUCCUUAUGUAUUUCUUUGUGCUUGGCUCUCAUAUUAGGGCUGUUAUCAAGCAGGAUAUCAUGUAUCCUGGGCGCGACGAGGACGUUGAAGAUCAUUGAUCUUGGACAGACUUACGUUGAGGGGUCGGGGAGAUGAGGGAGCAGG